AUGGGGUCGUCAUCUUCAAAACCCGUGAGAUCAACCGUCAGUGCGGUUUCUCAACGCAAGUAUCCUAAGAAGGCGUCUCCUCCGCCAACCGGCCCCAGUUCAACACAGAUCCCGCAACGAGCAGCCGGAGCCAUCAGGGAAAGACCGUCGAAGCAGACCGUGGGAAAGGCUUCAACUACAAGGUCUGAAGCCAUUGAUCUUGAUGCUCGCGAUCCGCACUUUGCUGCUUCCCUCCGUUCCAUCGGUCCUGUGACUCCUCAGCCGACCUUCUCUAACUCCAGUGCCUUCAACCGUCCUGGCCAAACACCAUCGGUGUUUCCGACAGCCAACAACCCGGCGCUUCUCGUGGUGACCGCACGCCAGCGCAUUACAAAGGCGGCUGAGCAAGAAGCUGAGGCUUUUGGACGUGAGAGCCAUGUUGGACGAGAAUUCCUCGACGCCUUGACUAUCCGUCAGGCAUUGACUAUGCGAGAUCGACAAGGAAAGUCCGCAGCGGAGAUUGAGAAUGCUCUGAGGUUAAAACCCGGUGUAAUGGAAAGGCUAGGCAGGCAGAGUAUUGUCAGUGAGGCUAGGUAA